AGUGCACGCCUUCCACUUCCGCUAACCUCAGAGUCCAUUCUGGGGAAGAUGGCGGCCAGCGGCGGAGGCUCCGUGGCUUCUCUGUGGACCGAAGUGAACCGCUGCGGACAGAAUGGAGACUACAACAGAGCCCUCAAAGCUCUCACUAAAAUUUUGCACGAAAACAGGGAGGAUGUGACAGCCCUGCACUGUAAAGUUGUCUGCCUGGUUCAGAAUGGGAGCUUCAAGGAGGCGCUGAAUGUCAUGAACACAUACUCCAAAGUCCUGGGCAGCAGUGAGGUUGUUUUCGAGAAGGCGUACUGCGAGUACCGACUGAACAGAGUGGAGAGUUCCCUGAAGACCAUCGAAAGUGCUGCUGAGCAGACGGACAAGCUGAAGGAGCUGUACGGUCAAGUGUUGUACCGACUGGAGCGCUACGACGAGUGCAAGUCCGUCUACACAGACCUGAUCAGAAACUCCCAGGACGAGUACGAGGAGGAGAGGAAGACCAACCUCUCCGCUGUGGUGGCUGCGAUGAGUCAGUGGGAGAAGUCUCCUACGGAAGAUCUGGGUCUUCCUGAGACGACUUAUGAACUCUGUUACAACGCUGCCUGCGCUCUGAUUGGUCAAGGGCAACUCACAGAGGCCUUCAAUAAACUACAACAAGCAGAAGAGCUUUGCAGAGUGUCGUUGGCUGAUGAUUCAGAUGUGACUGAGGAGGACAUCGACUCGGAGUUGGCCGUCAUCCAUUCUCAGAUGGCGUACGUCAUGCAGCUACAGGGUCGGACGGACGAGGCUCUGCAGCUCUACAACCAGGUCAUCAAGCUCAAGCCGUCGGACGUGGGGCUGCUCGCGGUGACUGCCAACAAUAUCAUCACAAUUAACAAGGACCAAAACGUGUUUGACUCGAAGAAGAAGGUGAAACUGACAAACGCUGAAGGUGUCGAGUACAAGCUGGCGAAGAAGCAGCUGCAGGCCAUCGACUUCAACAAAGCCCUGUUGGCCAUGUACACGAACCAGGCCGACCAGUGCAGGAAACUGACGUCUAGUCUUCAGUCGCAGAAUCCGGGUCACCCGCGACCCGUCCUCAUCCAGGUGGCUCAGCUGUGCAGGGAGAAGCAGCACAGCAAGGCCAUAGAGCUGCUGCAACAAUACUCAGAUCAAAACCCAGAGAGUGCGUCCGGCAUCAAACUGACGAUGGCUCAGCUCUAUUUAGUACAAGGUCAUGUAACAAAAGCCUGUGACGUCCUGAGGUCCAUUGAAGAGUUCAAGCACAAAUCGGGGAUGAUUUCGGCUCUGGUGACGAUGUACUCUCACGAAGAAGACAUAGACAGCGCCAUCGAUGUUUUCAAACAAGCCAUCGAGCAUUACCAGUCUGAACAGCCUGGGUCUGCUGCACAUUUGGCUCUGGUACGAGAAGCUGCCAAUUUCAAACUGAAGUACGGACGGAAAAAAGAGGCCAUCAGUGACCUGGAGCAGCUGUGGAAACAAAACACCAAGGACAUCCACACACUGGCACAACUCAUCUCUGCGUAUUCUCUGGUGGACACGGACAAAGCCAAAUCCCUCAGCAAACACCUUCCGUCUGCAGACACCAUGUCCUUUAAUCUGGACGUGGACGAGCUGGAGAAUUCUCACGGGGCGUCGUCGGUCAGGAAAAAAGCUGCUAAAGUCAUAGGAGAAAACCUUCCCAAAGAGUCGGGACAAGUAGAGAUCAAAAAGAAGAAGAAGAAAAAGAAAGGUAAACUUCCCAAGAACUGCGACCCCAAAGCGACGCCCGACCCGGAGCGGUGGCUGCCCAUGAGGGAGCGCACGUACUACAGGGGCAAGAAGAAGGGCAAGAAGAAGGAGCAGAUAGGAAAAGGAACUCAGGGCGCGACGGCGGGAGCUUCGGCCGAGCUGGACGCCAGUAAAACCGCCAGCAGCCCCCCGACCUCCCCGAGGCCGGGCUCGGCGUCCGGCUCGUCGGCGGCGCCCGCCGGCAGCGGCGUGGUCCCCCCACGGCAGCAGAAACCCGCGGCGUCAGGGGCCACGCGGAAGAAAACCACACAGAAGAAGAAGAAGGGAGGCAAAGGAGGCUGGUAGACGAGGAGGAGGAGGAGAGGCAUGAAGAAGAGGAGCGUCAACAUUUUGAUUUUGUUUUAUUUUAUUUUUUUUUCCCUGUUCGGAUCAUUUAUUCAAAAAUCUGCCUCCGCUCUUCUUCACCAUUAAUUUGAUAUUUUAUAAAACACAGAGAAAGAAAGAAAGAAUAUUUAAAGGACAGUUCCACUAAAAAUGAAUUUACGUUGCUCCCCAGAAGCUUUUAACCGGGUUGAAUCCACGUACGACUAAUUAAUAUUAAUAUCAGUUCAUUAAAUGUGUAAUGGACGUUGUGCGUUUCUUUUUCUGUCUGACUGUUCUCACACGUUAUCGUAGGAAACAAAGAAGAAUCGUGUCUGUCCUAAUAUUUACAUCACUCUCAUGUUCAUUUCUACAUUAAAAGACUUUAUUCUAAUCCAGUGCUGCUGCGUUAGUGUAUUUUUAAUUUUCUGCAGUUUUCAUAAAGUCUGCGAUAACUUCACAGUCUGCUUUUGUUGAGCGACUUGAACUUUAGAUUUUUGUGGAAUUGUCCUUUUUGUAUUUAGGCCCGAGUAGAUAAUUUGUUAUGUCGUUUGGAGUCGACUGCAGAGGAGACAGAGAUAUUUAUUUUUGAAAUCUCAGUGUUGCUCUGAAAUCAAGCGAAAGGAUUUAAAUUGAGGCAGAUGCAUGAUGUAGAAAGACACUAUUUUGGCAACACAGAGCUCCCGUUUUGUUUCAGUUUUUUUGUUUUUUGUUUUUUUUUAAAGGCGAAAUAAAACUCUGAACAGCU